AUGGCUAGACGAGAAAUAGUCGCCAUCAAUAUGUUUAUAGGACAGUUAACGUGUGAAUUGACAAAUGCUAUUCUGAAAAGAAUCAUACGAGAGCAGAGACCGACUGACAAAUUAGGAGAUGGAUAUGGAAUGCCAUCUUCGCAUGCGCAGUUUGUGGGAUAUUUUGCAGUGUUUUCGAUUUUACAUUUAUACACGAGGGUCUAUCUAAAUUAUCACACCCCAACCCAAGUGAUCGUUGGUUACGUUAUUGGGUCUAUAUUCGCGGCAUGCUGGUUUGUGUUGGUUGAAUAUGUCUUGCGCCCUAUUGGAGUGUUGAAGAAGGCGGUUGAUUCCCCGGUUGCAAAAUACUUCUACGUCAAAGACUCGAUAAACGUACCUAAUGUGCUUAAAGUCGAGUAUUCACAUUGGAAGAAUGUUGAAACAGAUAAAGUGAAAUGA